UUAUGUCACUAAUUGUUUCAUCAGUUGUCGUGCAUUACAUCAGAAAUGGCAACAAAACAAGUCCUCAAAGUUGGCCAGUAUUUGACCCGAAGUCGUCUCCGCGAUAAUAGCGGACAACUCGUUAAUCGUUGCCAACGUCUUCAUAACGUAAUGGUUGCCGAGAGACCGGCCAUUAAUAUUCCCGAAACAAAAAUAUCUGUUCUUCGCAAUGGUAUCCGAGUGGCCACUGAGGACUCGGGAAUUGCCACGUGUACUGUUGGUCUGUGGAUUGAUGCGGGCAGUCGUUACGAGAACCGACGGAACAACGGUGUCGCACACUUUCUCGAACAUAUGGCCUUCAAGGGGACGACCCGUCGGACACAAACACAGUUAGAGUUGGAGAUCGAGAAUAUGGGCGCACAUCUGAAUGCAUACACCAGUCGGGAACAGACCGUAUAUUACGCCAAAUGUCUGGCGAAGGACAUCCCGAGAGCAUUGGACAUAUUGGCUGACAUAUUGCAGAACUCAACAUUUGGCGCCCAAGAGAUAGAAAAGGAGAGGUUUGUGAUUCUUCGUGAAAUGCAAGAAGUGGAGACCAAUCUACAAGAAGUGGUCUUCGAUCACAUGCAUUCUGUAGCCUUUUAUGAGUCACCCCUCGGAAUGACUAUAUUGGGACCAAAAGAAAAUAUUAAAAGCAUUAAACGCGAGGAUCUCAUUGAUUAUAUUAAGACUCAUUAUAGAGGUCCACGACUUGUGGUGGCCGGUGCUGGAGGUGUCAAUCAUGAAGAGUUUGUUGGACUUUGUGACAAAUAUUUGGGAAAUGCUAACCAAGAGGUGGACGCGGCUUCAGUACUAAAGCCUUGUCAGUUCAUUGGCGGCGACGUUCGUCUUAAAGAUGACUCAAUGCCGUUGACACAUGUGGCCAUUGCGUUGGAAUCAGUUGGUUGGGCUAAUCCAGACAACAUUGCACUAAUGGUUGCCAAUACUUUGAUUGGUUCAUGGGAUCGAUCGCUAGGCGCCGGUUCUAAUUGUUCUUCAUAUAUGGCAUUAUCAUCCUUUGAAAAUAACUUAUGUCAUACUUUUCAAGCUUUCAACACUUCAUAUAAAGAUACCGGUCUUUGGGGUAUAUAUUUCAUCGCCGAAAAGCAAACAUUGCCCGACUUUGUGCGGCAUUUAAGAGAACAGUGGAAAUUAUUAUGCAAUGGAGUUACUGAAGAGGAAGUAUCGAGAGCUAGAGACUUGUUGAAGACUAAUUUGAUGCUACAGUUAGACGGAUCAACACCUAUUUGCGAGGACAUCGGUCGACAAAUGCUUUGUUAUGGUAGACGUAUACCAUUGCCUGAAAUGGAGGCCCGAAUCGAUGCCGUUAAUGUCGAUAUUAUUAAUAGAGUUUGUAGUAAAUAUAUAAUCGGUAAGAAUCCAGUGGUCGCAGUGGUUGGACAGACAGAUGGUUUGCCAAACUAUGACACUAUUAAAGCUCAAGUGACCGGUUUAUAACAUCUGUUGUCAUUGUUUUUUGUUAGCAAAUAGUUUAAUGUAAAUAAUGAAUUUAAAUAUACUUUUGACAAUCUUUUAUUGAUUAUCGCUAAUAGUUUUCAAAUUGUUUGCUAUUAAUAAAUUCAAUAAUUUAUAAACAUAAAUUUAAAAUAAAAUUUAUUGCUGACUUUAAAUACAAUUUUUUAAAUAGAUUUAAUAGACAUUUUAAUUAUAAAUCUACUUUUUUAACAAUAAUAUUGUUUUUGACUAACAAAAAAUACAAUAUAACCCUAUGAUGACAAUUGACCACUACUUGUGUGUAUGUCAUGAGUGGGGAUCACUUGACUUUCUUUGUUGAUUUGGCCGAAUUCAUCUGUUUGUCCACUUCGUUGAACAGUUUGGACGGCUUUUUCUGUACAUAAUGAUUGAAUGCCUCAUAACCAACUACACCAGCAAUUGUGCCCAAAACAAAACAAACUGAACCUUUGCCCAUAACUUUCCUCAACUAUCAAUCAAUUUAACCGAUAAUAUUAAAGUAUUUUGUUUGGUUUGUUUAGUGCUGGUAUUUAAAACUACAAUAACUGUAAUAAUUAUAGUAUUUAUUAAACUAUUCAUUUGG